AACUGGCUGCGAACCUCCAGCUAGUGGGACCCCCACUGACCCCUAAAAUGAAUUUCAUUUCAUGAGCCACAACUCACCAACUCGCUGCCGCGACGAAUGCCGGUAGGAAACGGCGAAACUAUGCGCGACUUGCGGACGAAGCCGGACAGGCCGCUCCCCUACUCGGAUGAGUUCCAUUCAGCCGAGGAAUACGUGGAAAGCCUGUUGCACUUCGCGGCGAACUCGGACCUCUUUCGGUUUCUCUGCGGCGGCGUGCACAUUCUCGACUUUUACACCGCAGAGCCGGGUCUCUUUAAGUCGGCAGUCCCGAAGGAAUGGCAGGACUAUCUCUUGCGGACGGAGCCAAUGGCUCUGUUGGAUUUUCUGAUGCGAGAUGAUCUGACCUCGCUCACCCCUGAGACGGGCGGCGCCGGGGCACCUCCAGAGACGCUGCUCCGCUAUGUCAAGGACAUCCGGAAGUUCUCUCUGCAGCGGUCUUUUCGCCCAAGCAAGCCGAAGCUGCCCGUUCUCCCGAGGCAUGUGGCGCUUGGGAUGAAGACCAAGAAGGUGCAUGAAGUCACACAUUUCGCUGGGUACAUCGACAGGCUGGCCGAGGACGUCGCCCAUGCUUCGGGCCACGAGAUUACUCACUUUGUAGACUUCGGCAGCGGGCAGAACUAUCUAGGCCGAACAUUGGCUAGUCCACCCUACAACAAGCACAUCGUUGCUGUGGAGAGCAACGAGGUCAACAUGGCUGGUGCCAAGGACCUUGACAUCUUGUCGGGCCUCGCCGAGAGGGAGAAGCGUGUGCGCAACAAGAAGCUCUAUCACCGCAUCCUCGAGGCGGUGGAUCCGUCGCUGCACAACGACGAGGAGGCUCUAAAGCGCGCGGCCAGGGAGCUCGGCAUUGCAGACGAAGACAUUGCCACGAUCGACCUCCGGUCCAGAAAGGAGCUGCAGGCCACAUACGCCGCCGAGGAAGGGAAGGGUACCAUUGAGUACGUUGUCGGCCGGCUGGAGCAUGCCGACUUGACCGGCGUGCUCUCGCAGCUCCGCGGACACGAGGACGGUAUUCGGGAGGAACGCCUCCGGAUGAUGGCCAUCUCAAUUCACUCCUGUGGAAACCUCUCACAUUAUGGUAUCCGUUCGAUCGUUCUGAAUCCGUGCAUCCGAGCCGUGGCCAUUGUGGGUUGCUGCUAUAACCUGCUCACCGAAAAGUUGGGCCCUCCGACCUACAAGCCACCUUUCAGCCGGCCAAGCCUGCAACCUAUCAAUGCAAGAGUUGCCAGGGAGUCGGCGAGACGAGAUCCUCAAGGCUUCCCGAUGAGCGAGCGGGUUUCUACGUACGGCGGUGACGGCAUCCGACUGAAUAUCACCGCUCGGAUGAUGGCAUGCCAGGCGCCGCAAAACUGGACCGCCGAGGAAAGCGAGAGCUUCUUUACCCGCCACUUUUACCGAGCUAUCCUCCAGAAAAUAUUCCUGGACAAGGGUGUCAUCUCCCGAGUCUAUCACGGCCAAGAGGCUGACCCGGAGAGUCCAUUCAACUCGAGCACCAACCCGGUCAUCAUUGGCUCACUGCGGAAGCAAUGCUAUACUUCCUUCAAGGCAUAUGUGCGGGGCGCCAUCACCAAGCUGACAACCAACCCAGACUUCAGCCAAUACAGUGAGGUCAUGAGAGAAAAGAUGGGUAAUAUCACGGACGAGGAGAUUGCCCAUUACGAGGAGGCAUUCCGGCACCGGAGGCGAGAGCUGAGCGCUGUCUGGAGCCUAAUGGCCUUUAGCGCCUGUGUCGUGGAGUCUCUCAUCGUGACGGACCGUUGGCUGUUCCUCCGAGAGCAUCCUGAUAUCGUACAGGACUGCUGGGUAGAAACGGUUUUUGACUACCGUGAGAGCCCCCGGAAUCUGGUCGUCGUUGGCAUCAAGAGGUAAAGGUGGCAUGAGGCAGCAAGACUCUCA